UUUGAGACUAGGUGGGCAGAGAUCGUGACCGGCAAUGGUUUGGGUGAGAAUGAGUUCUUGGCCAGGGCAUAUGAAAAUAGAGAGAUGUGGGCGAAGCCUUUUUUUACGGAUACAUUUUGCGCCGGGAUGACUAGCACACAACGGAGCGAGGGCGCCAACCAUGUUCUGAAGACUUACAUACCUCGAUCGGCACCGAUGCAUUUGUUUGUUACGCAAUAUGAUCGGUUAAUUACAGACCGCGUGGCAGACGUGGGUCGAGAAGAGCACGCUACUAAACAGGUGAACUUCCUCCUUAGAACCGGGGUGCCAAUUGAGAAACAUGCCACACUCGUGUACACCCGAGCAAUGUUUGAGCGUUUUUUUAGGGAGCUUUUCCUUUCUGGUGCUUUCCUGUGCCGGGAGAGUGAAGAAGCUAACAAGUUUGUGGUUACAUAUGUCUGCUCCACAAGCUCCACUGGAUUUGGCAGGAGGGAGUUCAUUGUUAAGUGUAAUGAAGGAAGAACCAAUUACUGGUGCACUUGCAAAUCGUUUGAGCAUUGUGGCAUGCCGUGCAGGCAUGUACUGAAGGUGCUGGUGCACACUGGUACAACUGAGCUUCCUGCUGGACUGGUCACUAAGAGGUGGAGCACCGCUGCUAGGGACGGUGCGGUGUGCACUAUUGUUGGUUACGGCGACGCUGCAGCCCUAGGAGCUGAUGCCGCUUCCAUGCACGGGAUGUUGCAUGCUGCGGCAAUGGAGCUCAUUGGCAUGGGCACUACUUCUAGGCAGGCAUUUGAGUUGGCUAUCGAUUACAUCAGCCAUGCAAAAGCGGCCUUGUUGGCUAUUACUGUCAAGAACCCAGUCCAGAGUCAUUUGGAUGCUCAGAGUGCACCCGCAGAGGGCGCGGAAAAGUUAAAAUUCGACCCGGCCAUAGCAGCACCACCCCGAGUUCGUUCCCGGGGCAGGCCUAAAGAGUUGAGGUACAAGUCCCCAAUCGAAUCACCAGGGUCGCGCAAACGACCUUUUGCAGAGAGCACUCGUGUCCCCGAGGGUGAUCGUCCCAGGAGGUCUACACGUUUCCUAAAAACAGGUGCUUACAUGGUUGAACACUGCGGUUCGUGUGGAUCUACGCAGCACCUCACAUCAGAGUGCUCUGUUAAUGUCGUGCAAGAGGAGUUUACUGCUACAAGGAGGAGAUGCAAGAGCUGUGGUGAAGUCGGCCAUAACCGUUCAACCUGCGGACGAAAGUCAACGUACACUCCGAAGAUGUAGCUUAUCAGCCUGUAGGAACGAUUUGCUGCAUACCCAGCCAUGGUGGAUUUUAUGUAUUUUCAGUUGAGCCUGCCCCUUUGUAUGUUGUAAAUAGUUUUUGACUUUGGAGGUGUUUGUAAUGGAGUUUGGAGUGUAUGACUUCCCUUUUCAAAAAAAAUUCGAUGCAUUUCA